UUCGCUUUUUCUUUGCUCUGCGUACUGAACUUUCUUUACAAGCGUUGUUAUCGAUAACUCAUCAUCGAUACAAUGGCAGGAGGAGCCAUAACAGAUUCCAACAAAGAUAGCCAACUACGACCCUCUGAUAGCGGUGCGGUUGUCUCUUCAAGUCGCACCAGCACGCUAUCGUCUACCGAUCCCAACAAACCAAAGCAUGUAAAGAAACUGAGUUUUGUGAACAAGUUUCUUCAUCCAAAUGGAACACCGUCCGUGUCAAGACAGUCGACCAUGGAAUAUAACUCUACUGAUGGUCAUCAUGAGAAGCACAAAUCCUCGACACAUCAAGCACCAAGCGUCGCAUCAGCUGUCGAAAGUACAUCUUUGCUAUCAAAAUAUGGAGUUUGCGAACGUGGUAGUAUUGGCAAAGGGGCCACAGCCGUCGUUCGACUAGCACACAAGUUAGAUAAGACUUCAAAAACAGAAAAGCUUUACGCUGUCAAGGAGUAUCGAAAACGACGUAAAGGAGAGAGCGAAAAGUCUUAUAUGAAGAAGCUGACGAGCGAGUUUUGCAUUAGCUCCACUUUCCGGCAUAGGAAUGUUGUGGAAACAGUCGAUUUGGUGAUGGAUGAACAAAAGCGCUGGUGCAUUGUUAUGGAAUAUUGCUAUGGUGGCGACUUGUUCACUGCCAUUAAGGCAGGUCAGAUGACGGAAACUGAAAUUAACUGCAACUUCCGACAGCUGCUGGACGGCAUAAAAUAUCUGCAUUCAGUUGGUGUGGCACAUCGAGACCUCAAACCUGAAAAUUUGCUGCUGGCCGGCAAUUGUUUGAAGAUAACCGAUUUUGGUGUCUCGGACGUUGUGCAAAUGACAUGGGAGAAAAAGCGACACCUAAGUGAUGGUGUAUAUGGCUCCGAACCGUAUAUUGCACCAGAAAUAUGGGCUAAAGAACCUUACGAUGCCAUCAAGGUCGACAUAUGGUCCAGUGCUAUCAUCUUUUAUAGCAUGCAAGCCGGAUCGAUACCGUGGAGGGUAUCAAAGCAAGAUGAUCCCAAUUACCAUUUGUAUGUCAAAGCCAGAGAAUCUCGAGCUUUUGAACCAUUUACGAAGCUACCGGCCGGUUCAGCUCCUACUAUGUACAAUAUGCUUGACCCCAAUGCUGCUGAGCGGCCAUCCAUCGAUCAAGUGUUGCAGGAUAGCUGGAUUCAGACGAUCCCUGUUUGUCGUGGAAAUUAUGAUGACACCGGAAUGGAGCAUAUCCAUACGAAACAUCUCGCGACCGCAAAGAAGUAAACAUUUUAUACGUGUUUCUUUUGGGAAAUAUUCCGUUCUUCGUAACAUGCUUGUAGAUAUUACUUAUUACCUCUUUCCAAUUGUUCAUGUUAAAUUUAUCGUUCUGUAUAGCUUUUAGACAAAGGCUUCAGUUAACAAAAAAAAAAACAAUAUUAUGACAGAAAAAAGUGUAACAGUAGCUAUUUGAAAACCUUUAUUGAAGACGGGUUGUAUGCAAGGUCCAACAAUAAAGUUCAUAAACCAUCCUUCCCC